UUUUUUUUUUUUUUUUUUACCCCCCGUGCUGGCGGGUGAGCCAAGCAUCGAGGGCAAAUGAAGGCUUCCCCUUCCAGGAGCAGGGAAAGAAAAUGCGUCAGAGACGAACGGGCGUUUUGUCCUGCUUCAAUGCGAUUAUCUUUUUCUCGAUUCGGUUUAUUUUGGCGCGGGGGGAGAGAUUUAAACCUACAAACUCAACUGCUCAGCAACCGCUUUAUUUAAAAACACCAGCGUUUAAACAACAGCCAAAGGAGCUCGGACUCAAAGCUGUUUUUUUUUCUUCUUCUGCGGGGUUACCUACAUGCUAGGACGGAUUUUCGGAAAUAAUCAGCACUAGACUACAACAAAACGUUACAAAGUCCGCAUAGGAAUGCUCGUAGUUGUUAACUUUCGUUUCAAAACCUGUUCCAACACCUGAAUCAAAAAUAUUUAGUUAAGUGUGGCAACAACAAUUGUUGUUUUUAACUGGAAAUUGACUUCCAACCUCAUCUUGUUUUUAUGACCCUAGCUUAAUUUUGGUUAAACAUAAGAGCAGAGACAGCCGUUAACCUUAUAAUUUGCUUUAAGUAUAAAAUAUUACCGUUUUUUCUCACUAGCUUCCCAUAUUUAAAUCUAGUAAAUUAAUAAUAUCUAAUGUAUAGCCCUUUAAGUGUUUGAUUUCCGUUUCUAUGCUAUAAUCGUCGCCAUUUAGCAACAAAAUAAUCGAAGUUGUCUAGAGGGAUAAAAGCUUAACUUUGGCGUGCCUUUUUUUCUUGUAUUCACUCACAAUUCUUAGUUUUUGGUACAGUUUCCCACUCGGUCUUUGUUCACCCAGAAUCAAAGAUGGUGGCUGAGCAUGGUGCGGCUACAAAGACAGCCCCAUGGUGUGGUGCAGCCAUUUUGUAGUGCCGCAGUUGCUUCCACACAUGCCCACGCAAUGACCAAACUCUUACAAUAACUGAUCAGAAUAAAGUCUUUCACUGCUUUUUCCACAGUGCUACAGGGGGUUUGUUUUCCUGACACUCUUUUACAGAGUUCUUUUACAGAGUAUUAGUCAAAUACUCCAAAUAUUACAGCACACCAAUUCUGGCUGAUACAUAAAGCCAUUCAGCUGGACAUUGAAAUACAAAUCUCUAUAUAAUGUGUAUAUUAUAUAAGCCAGCAUUUGCAUCUGAAUGUAAGUUUUUACACUGCAAGCACAAGUUAUAAUCAGUGAAGGGCAGCAGAGAAGAGUAAUGGGAGGGAGUUUGUGUGUCAAAAGCAUUUGUAGGAGUGGUGAAAGCCUUCCUGUUCUUCACUUGUGUACUGAAUGACAAAUGUCCCCUUCCACUGCCUUAUUUCACCCUCUAAAUCCCAGCCUGUUACAAGAGAAUAAGGCUGUUACAUGACUGAAUCCAUGCUUCCUGCUGGACAUCUUGUGUCAUGGAUGAUGACGACGAUCGCCGUCUUCUGGAUAUUUUAGGAGAUGUGGAAGCAUUGAACGAUUAUCUCCACGGCAGUAAUAGCAAGUCUAUUGGAGAAGAUGACGUGGCAAAUGCAGCUUAUGGGUCAGAUGGAUCUUUUUUCGCUAACGAGACAACUGGCUGCAACACUGGCCUCAAGGAUGGCUCUUCUUCGAUGGGUGAAUUUGUGGAGGAUCCAGCUGGAGGAGGCCUCCACCUCUCUAGUAGCCUCUCUUUUAUUGAGGAUGGGAGCUCCCCUGAAGGGGUGGACCUUGGUGCAGAGGAUCAGCCGUUUGACAUUCUCCAGAAGUCUCUAUUGGAAGCUGACAUUACGGAGCAGACUUUGGCCCAGGAGGCCAUGUUGGACUGCCAGCCAGCUCCAAAUCUCGUGCAAGCUCCAGUUCCCUUCUCCUCCCAGCUGGUCUCUGGGGGUUAUGGAGGAGGAGUGGGUGUAGUAACCACUGCGACAGCUGCAUUCCCAGCAGGCCAGGUACUGCAAGGAGUACCUCCACUGGCCAAUGGCUCUACCCAGCAUAUCCAGGUCUUGGGCUCGUUUGGGGCAAGUGGAGGUGUAAUGACUCUGAGCAGCUUGGAAAGAACUCCUCAGAUUGUUCUAAGGCCAGGAGUGCCUGUUGCUCCAGCAGUGACUGCAGCAGGGGCGCAGGUCUUUGCCCCAACCCAAGGGCAGGUGGGCUUACCUUUCAAAAACAUCCCCCUUCAAAACAUCAUCAUUCAGAGAGGACCUGGAGGGACCCAGGCUAUCGUUAGACCAAUCCAGCCUAAACCCUCUCAAGCUGCGUCUCAGACUGUCUUCAGCCUUGGUCUUCAGCCCACUCCCUCUACCCUGAGUAAUGUUGUGAACGCUAACACUGUUACUCCUGGAGGACAGUAUACAGCUAAUGGUUCAGUAGUUGUGCAACCACCAAUGGACCAGCAACAAAUGCAGGCCCAGACAAAUAUAUCACAAGGACAAUUCUUACUACCCAACUCCUUGACGCUUACUCCGUCCAACGCCAUCCACAAUGGCUCUGCCAAUCCCAGCUCAAGCACCCUAAUUGCCAACCAACCCACAGUGCAGAUUGCACCAGGGCAGAACUUCUCUGCACCAGGAAGUCAGCUAAUCCUAAAUCAGGGAGUAGUAAGUGGGACUCAGGUUGUAGGGACCGUAACUCAGACGUGGACGGGAGUUUCCUGUGCAAGUUCCACACCCGUACAAACAUCCUGCGCUCCUGGGCGUCUGACGCUGGUCGGUUCGAUAGGAGGUCAAGGCCAGGCAUCCUCUUGCCCAGUGCAGCGCCUUCUAGUGACUCAAACCCAGAACUGCACUUCUCUGUCUCCUUUACCCAGCAAUGUGACACAGGAACAAAAAGAUUUUAGACAGAAUUCCUUAUCACCUGCAUUCAAACAGGCGCAGGCCAGCAACAUCCAUGCCCUGAAAACCAUAACACAAGAUUUAACGCUAAACUCUGAGAAAAGGCUAACAAGGACAGAACAGGUUCUUCAUCAGCUGAGGAGGGAUCAUGCUGGAGUUCAGAACCCAAAUCGACGAAAGUUCACAUCAGUUGAAGACGCGUUGCAAAGACUACUCCCUUAUCAUGUGUUCCAGGGCGCUCCGCCAUGCCAGAACGAGUUCUCACAAGUGGAUGACGAGUUCGAGGACGUUGCGACGCAGGUGGUGACAAAGACCCAGACCAUGGUCAAUAAAUACAGACGACUGCUGAUGGUGGAGGCUGAACGUUCCAGCCCUUCAUCAGAAAUGGUGAUGAUCGACAGGACCUUCAACCAAGAGGAGCGCAGCAACCUGACACAGGACAAACGCAUGGUGCUAGUGGAUCCAGAUGGCUUCCUUGAGGAAUUCUGCUGUGGAAUGAAAUCCAAAGUUUUCCAAGAUCCCCUUCCCUCUCCGUCGGAGAACACUUGUGAUCAGUCAGAACAAGGCUCUGUGGAGCCAGAGCACAGAACAGACUUCCAGCCCGAGUUUGGAGACCCGGGAGGGGGCGGGGUUGCGGGAGCACUUCCCACAGACAGACUCCACCCGCCACACCUAGAAAACCAGAAGGUUUUGGAACUGAAGAGACCACAGCAGAGCUUCGCGUUGGGCAGCGCCGGCAACAGCCCUGACUCUGCCAACAGUUUCACGCAAGGUAAACACUCACCUUUUGCAGCAGCUGCAGGAGGACAGACUCACUCCCAGGUGUCGGCCCACCUCUCAUCCGAGCCUCAGUACUCGCCCCAGCUCACCUCACCCCCUCACCCGGACACAGAUUCUGCGUUAGAGGCGGCAGUCAACAGCAUCCUCGAAUGUUGAGACUGAUUCUCCAUAUCAUCCCUAAUAUGUAUGAUUUCUGUUUUGUUUGUAGGUACAUGUGUAUUUUAUUUUAUUUUUAUUUUUUUUGUCAAACUCCAGUAUGGAGAAAGGUUUACUCUAGUGACACGCAGCCAUGUAGCAUUUGUGUAGUUUGCGUUGGAAGGUUUUUGAGGCAUUACGUCUGCGAAGCAUCAAAGGUGUAGUCGGGCACUUAAAACGAUCCGGGAAUGUGUGCAAUGAAGCAGAUUAACAGAUGCAAAAAAAAAAAAAAAGAAGAAGAAAAAAAUAUCGUGUGUUGAUUUAAAAAUCUUUAUUUGAAACGUUUGAAUGCAGGAGCGUUCCUAUCUUCACACAUUUAACAGCUUGUGCCAUUUAAUUUUCCCCCCAAACACAUGGGCGGAUGACAAGGAGGUGGCGGCUCUGUGCCUGACUCUAGGUUUUUAUAUAAAGAGUGUUUACAAAAAGAAGUUCUAUUCAUAAAUAAUUACUCCCCGUGUUCAUAAUUCCUUACAAGCUUGAGCACAGUGUUUCUGUGUUAAGUUUCCCUUUGAGAUAACCUCAGUAUAGAGACAGGUUGAUGUAGAAAUUUGCACUGAACACACCAUAUUUUCAGGGUACAAACGUUAGACCCACAUUGCUAACCAGCACUAAAGUGCAUCUGUUAAUUUAACUUAGCAAUUAAACUGAAAAAGUAAAACCUAUAUAUACAUUCAUUGCACAUAAAGUGAUAUAUUUUAAGUAUUUAUGUUAUUUUGAUGAUUAUGGUUUACAUCAAAUAAAAACUCAGAUGUCAGUUUCUCUGGUGGUUCUUGAAGCAGCGACUGCAGCCACUGUCCAUUGUCUUCUCAAAGUUGCUGUGAUUCCUUCACAUUUUACUGUACUUUUUUUCUUCCACUAAACCUUUCAUUAAUAUGCAUGUAUUCAGAACUUUUGACAGCCAGCUUCUUUAGAAAUUAGUUUUUGUGACAUGCCAUUCUGAAGUCAGCAGUCUUCCCCAUGACUGGGUUUUUAUUGGUCUCAUCUAAAAUUCACACUCUCUAAGAAAGGGUUUCCAUUAGCUGUAUGUCAAAACAAUCAAAAUUAUCUGAAAUAAACACUUGAAAUAUAUCACUUUGUGUGCAAUGAAUCUAUGUAUGUGUCAGUUUUUGAACUGAAUGACUGAAAUACACCCACUUUCCAGUGAUAUUCUGACUUAUUGAGAUGUACUUGUAUGUGAACUUUAGGAGCAGAACCAAAUUCCCUUUUGUUCCCCUGCUUUCAGCUGCCUCUAAGAAGAACCUCUGAAUCACACUAAAAGAAAUCCAUCAAACUUGUCAACUGGUGUUACUGUACUCAGUUUUAGUUUUAAGUAUAUUUCUAUCAAGCCUCUUCUGUACCUUAGUGGUUUUCAAAUCCUGACUCAAACACAGUUCAAACCUUCCACUCAGACACUUUUUGUUAGCAUUCAAAACAAGUGAAGAUACAUCCUCAGACUGAGGAAGAUGUGUUGAUAUAUAUAUAUUUUUCCUGUUCUGUUGUUGGUUGUUCUUUUAUUAGUUGUUUAUGUGUUCACCAGUUUAAAAGCCUGCCUUCUGGAUGCAGUUAUACAUUGAUCAUAUCUGCCUAUGUUUUUUUCUUAUGCUGUCAGGAUGUUUGUGUGUGUUUUAUCUGCAUUUCCACACUGCGGUUAUGACUGUUUUCAGGUAGCUUGCCUCAUUAUUUGCUUCAUGUUUUCACAUUUCACUCGUUCACAAGCAGUUCUCCAAUUUCCUCUACUUUCCCUCAGUAAUACAACCAAAAAUACAUUUGGAAGCAGAAUAGUCAGCUCUGGUCAGGUUGCCCCUUUGCCAGUUCAUAGACACAAAUCAUCCUUACCUACUUCCUGUCUAUAGCCAUAUUUUAUUACAGUUUUUCUAUUGAUUGAUUGAUUCCAGUCAGCUUUUACAAAACAUGAAAGAUUAUGACUCCUUAUCCAAUCAAAAUUUCUUAAACCGACCUGAUGGUAGAUAUUCUUUAUUAGAGCCGCAUUACCAUAUUCCCAGCAGCUUAAAAUCACUUAAAAACCCAGAGUAGAAGUUUCCUGCUUUAUUCUGCACCCGAAACAAAUGGCAAAGGUUAAAAAUGACCAGAACCUGAGUGGUCUUCUCCACCCCCCCUGAGAUCUAAUCAAUUUUGGAUGAAUAAAAACAAACCACAAUUUUCUUUAAAGCUAUAUGUCCUGAUUUUAAGUUGUUCUUGUAUCAUUUCAAAUCUAAAACUCAUGUUUAGUUGAUGAUUAAUUUUUACUUUUUUUUUUUUAAUUACCUUUUUAAAAACAAACCUGCACUGAGACUGCUUUCACGACCAAAGGUUAAUGAUUCUGGACAGCACUGCUUUUGAUCCCCCUGUUUUUACAAAUACGCUUGCUGUCCUCCUGGAGCAAACUUAAAAGGCCUUUUCAGCAGGGUGAUGGGGAUUUUUAUUUAUUUUUUUUCUCCUUUUGAGUGCCAGUGACCAUCGCAGCCUGCUUGUAUCUGCCUGAACCCUUGCGGACAUCUUCUAACAGCAGCCUCACGGAGAAAACUUUCGAUUUGACAGCAGGAGAGAUUUUGUGCCUCUACAUCACAUACGUCUAUAGUAACGUUGUGCUUUGACAGAGCAGCAAACGCUGGUGAAACAUCGAUAUCUGGAUGCAUGUCACGGGCUCUUGUGGGAACAUACUGUGCUCUCUCUCUCUUCCUUCAUUCCUUUACUGCAGUUUCUUGUUUGUUUUUUCAUCUAUUUCUUGCUGUUGGUUUAUCUCACUUGAUUUGUAUUUGCUUUUGUACAAAAAAAAAAAGUUAAACAUAAAAUAUUUAUAAUUUUGUAUGGAUAAAAAAACAAACAAAUUUUGUUUCAUGAAAACAAGAAAACACAAGACUGAAAAUUAUUUUUUUUAUUGUGUUGGCUGGGAGGCCAGACGUCAGGAAACGUAGUUAUAUAUAUAUAUAAAUAUAAAAAAGGCUGUCAUUUCCUCAUUUGUAGCUAACGUGUGUUCACUACAGCGGCGAGGAGACUCAACAAUAAAUUCAUUUUGAACACAACAAAAGCAGA